CGCCCCAUGGGUGGAGCCACAUCCAGGACAAACCCCGGGCUGCGGUAGGUAAUUGGUGCUGGCCUAUGAUCUCCGGGCUCCCCCAUCUGGAAGAGAGCGGACCCCUUCCCUUAAAGCCGUGGGGUCUGAGCACGGUAUCCCGGGCAGUGUUCCUGGUCUCCGGCCGGCCACAUUAGCAGAAAAUAGGCAGCCAUUUCUCCCUGACCCUGACUUCUUUCACGCGGAGAUGUGGCCCGGAGAGGGGACCUAAAGGAGGUGGCUAGGAGAGUCCCCGCCAUGCGGACCGGGCCCCUCUGAGCCCUUUCUGACCCUUGGUCAGUAGCCUAAACCGCAGGUGGGCCUCAUCGGUGCAUCUCUCCUUUAAUCCCUUUUCUUCAUUGGUUUGUCUUUCACUUCUGCUCACUGCGGGUCUACUGGACAUCAUGAAGCAGCUGCCAGUCUUGGAGCCCGGAGACAAGCCCAGGAAAGCUACAUGGUACACUUUGAGUCGCCCUGGAGACAGACCCUGCCCUCGAGUUGGCCACAGCUGCUCAUAUUUCCACCCAGUUGGUGAUGCGAAGAGAGGAAAAGUCUUUAUCGUAGGGGGAGCGAAUCCAAACCAAAGCUUCUCAGAUGUACACAGCAUGGAUUUGGAAACACUGCAGUGGAACACGGCCACCAGGGAAGGUCUUCUGCCUCGGUAUGAACAUGCCAGCUUCAUCCCCUCCUGCACCCCUCACAGCAUCUGGGUGUUUGGAGGUGCAGACCAGUCAGGAAACCGAAAUUGUCUGCAAGUCCUGGAUCCUGAAACCAGGACUUGGAGCACACCAGAAGUGACUGGCGACCCCCCAUCCCCGAGAACAUUCCACACAUCGUCGGCAGCUAUUGGAGACCAGCUAUUUGUCUUUGGGGGAGGAGAGAGAGGUGCCCAGCCCGUACAGGACAUGAAGUUGCACGUAUUUGACGCAAAUGCUCUGACGUGGUCUCAGCCAGAGACACACGGAAGUCCUCCAUCUCCCCGGCAUGGCCACGUGAUGGUGGCAGCAGAAACAAAGCUCUUCAUCCAUGGAGGACUGGCAGGGGACAAGUUCUUUGAUGAUCUCUAUUGCAUUGAUAUAACGAACAUGAACUGGCAGAAACUUGGUCCCACCGGGGCUGCUCCGGCAGGCUGCGCUGCCCACAGCGCCGUGGCUGUGGGAAGACAUGUGUAUGUGUUUGGGGGAAUGACUGCCACUGGGGUGCUGAACACAAUGUACAGGUAUGACACAGAAAUGCAGCACUGGACCUUACUUCAGUUUGAGACUUUGCUCCCUGCUGGACGAUUGGACCACUCCAUGUGUGUCAUUCCAUGGCCAGUGACGUCUACCUCUGACAACGAAGACUCGGAUUCUGUCCUUCAAAACUGUGAAGCUGAGAAAGGGGAUGCUGUGGACAACCAAGGGACUCUGGGAGAUGGGUCACCUGAGGAGAGUCAGACUAACACGUUGCUCUGUUUUGUUUUCGGUGGGAUGAAUACAGAAGGGGAAAUCUACGAUGACUGUGUUGUGACUGUAGUUGACUAAUAAAACCCACAUUUUUA